AUGGAGCACUGGGACUCACUGGGAUUUUUGAUAGUCACGCUGAACUAUAAUGUGACUAUUGUAGGGAAGAUCUGGCUGAUGUUAACAAUUCUGCUGCGAAUGGCAGUGGUGGUGUUAGCAGGCUACCCCCUGUACCAAGAUGAGCAGGAGCGCUUUGUCUGCAACACCCUGCAACCAGGAUGUGCCAACGUUUGCUAUGACUUGUUCUCUCCCGUGUCUCACUUUAGGUUCUGGCUCAUUCAGACCGUGUCUGUCCUGCUGCCCUAUGCUGCAUUCAGCAUUUAUGUUUUGCACAAGGUAGCUAUGUACAUUGUGAGAAUGCACUGUGUGGUGCAUGGGUGCAAGAGGAACAAGGGUUUAUCAAGCCCCAAAGAUGUGAAGGAGCUCUGUAGAAGUGCAGUUGUCAAUAGAGCAGAUUGUGAUGCAGACAACCUAAGUGUCCUUAAUUUUUCAGGGGCGUAUACCAUUCAUCUUUUUAUUAGGACCCUACUUGAGGUUGCCUUUGCAGCUGUGCAAUACUUUCUUUUUGGAUUUUUUGUUCCUGACCGCUUUUCAUGCUACCACUCACCUUGCACAAGCGCUGUUGACUGUUACAUCUCCCGUCCCACUGAGAAAUCCAUCAUGAUGAUUUUCAUCUGGGGGGUCAGCAGUCUGUCCUUUCUGCUCAGCCUUGCUGAUCUUGUCUGUGCUCUCCAGAGAAUGACAGCAAGAAACCAAAAGAACAAGCUGCUGGCAAACCUCUGCACGGACAAGGAGUGCAUGAUAGAUCUUCCCCCAGUCCAGCACAGUAGCUCCUCUCCACCUCCAAAUGGGGAUGCCCCAGUAGCAAAUAGCUGUCAGACCAGUGAUGGCUCCUGCUCGCUUCUCCCUGAUGAGGAAGAAGAGGCUGUACUUCAUCCUGGAGGUGUCCCUCAGCAAAAUCCCAGCACUAACCUCAGCAGCAGCAGCAGCAAUAAGUGCUGUGUAUCAGGAGACCUUGCUGUUAAACAACAGAGCACUGAAGAAUCCUUGUGUGCCAGUGACCACCAAGGAACUCCCUGCAGCCAAAUGAGACCCAGACUUCAGCAAGACCUCAUUAAAGAUACUGCCCUGGCUUUGAGACCUCAGAUUGAGUUUCCCCUUGGAGUUUCUUCCUCUGUUGUUCAGAGCAAGCUUUUAGGGUUCUACCCUUCAGCUGAGCUAAAAAGCCCUGAUGCACAAUCAAAUUAUAGCAGCACAAGCUGCCUGAGGUCAAAAAAGUCCGAAUGGGUAUAG